UCGCGCAGAGGCGGCCGGGCGAGCGGGUGCCGGAGCUCACCCUGCACCGCCUGCACCGCAGCCCGGCCCCGGCCCCGGCCCCGCGUAGGUGAGCGCCCCCCGGAUCAGCCUUUACACCGGAAAUCCCUACAAAAAACUACCUUCCAGCUGUCCUUCCCCAGCUGCCGGAUGCACUCCAGGCCGGGUGGAACAGAGAGCUGUCCCUGCUGGUCAUGCCGAACCCAUCUGAUGGCUGUCUCAUGAGGUCCAGACUGGGUCUCCUCCCUUCUCCCACUUUACCAAUGCCUGGUCUCAUGGGGUUAGUUUUGAGCCUAACACUAUGGCCUCAUCCACCCCCUUCCCAGCUUCUGGCUCCAGGUCUAAGAAGCCUUUGGGCAAGAUGGCUGGCUGGCUCAGGCAGGUGCUGUCGAAGAAGCCCAAGGAGAUGCCUGUGUCCCAGGAAACCACUCCCAGUGAUGCUCCACCCCGGAGCUCAGAUGACCCCCCAUCCCCGGGCCUCAGCACCGCUGCAUCGGCUGAGUCUCCUGCCACCCCGCCACCUGCGCAGGAGGGCGCCUCCGGCAGCAGCAGCAGCGGCCGCUGGAGCAGGGACUACGACGUGUGCGUGUGCCACAGCGAGGAGGACCUGGCGGCCGCGCAGGAGUUGGUGGCCUACCUGGAGGACAGCCCUGCCAGCCUGCGCUGCUUCCUGCAGCUGCGGGACUCCGCCCCGGGCGGCGCCAUCGUGUCCGAGCUGUGCCGGGCUCUGGACGGCAGCCACUGCCGCGUGCUGCUCAUCACCCCCGGCUUCCUGCGGGACCCGUGGUGCAGGUACCAGAUGCUGCAGGCCCUGAGCCAUGCCCCGGGGUCCGAGGGCCGCACCAUCCCCCUGCUCGCCGCCGGCCUGGCCAGGACCGCCUACCCGGCCGAGCUCCGCUUCAUGUACUUCGUGGACGGCCGGGGGCCCGACCAAGGCUUCCGCCAAGUCAAGGAGGCCAUCCUGCGCUAUCUGCAGAACCUCAGCUGACACUUCUGACAUCACCGAGGGACGCAGGAAGCUGGCACAGCUGGAAACCAAGGGAGAGAGCGCGGGGCCUGGUUCCCGCAGAGUGACAGGGCCCAAGGAGCCAGAGGUGGUAGCGCUUUGUAUGUGAUGCUGGGAUCAGAUUGCCCAGUGGGUUUCCAUUAUCGUGGGCUCCCCAAGAAGGCACUGGGGAAGCUGGGGACUCCCCCAGGAAAGCCGUGAGCAAGCUGGGGACUCCCCCAGGAAGGCCGUGAGCAAGCUGGGGACUCCCCAGGAAGGCCAUGGUGAAGCCAGAAAGAGUUGGUAGGAGGUGCUGCUACUGAGAUGGCCACCCGUGUUUUGCCUCCUCCUCACAGGAUGUGAGUCAAGCACACCCCUAUGUCUUCUUCCCCUGGGAUUGGGCUCUGGUACAGAGAUGCCUUCCUCCCGAACAGGUGACUCACCUGGUGAAUCAGCUAGAAGCCUAGAGGGCACGACUCAACAUGGGUGGUUUUUCCUGUUGCCGGGAAAACCCUGGGACAGAUGGAAGGGGGAAGUCACGGGUGUCAAAUCUCGUACCCUCACACUGCUGCCCUUCUCUUUCCCUUCACUCACCUCAGAAAGCUACAUGCAACAUGCACUCAGCACCAUGCUGUAUUUAUUUUACUGCGUGCAGGUCAUGAAAGACUCCACUCUAGAAACCAUUCUGAAUAGACUAGAGAGGUCAGGGGGCAGGUAGGGUAAAGAGAAGGAAAACUCGGACCUUUGAUGUGGGAUCAAAAGCCCGCCCGCCCACGCUUUGACACGUGGGUCCGCAUUAGGGGUCCGGCUGGAGCUCAUGCUUUGCCUCUGCCCCGAGAGAAACCAGCAUUUCUCUUCUGCCAAAGGGCCGUGUGCCUUCAUCAGUUCUCAUCAGUUCUUCAUCAGUUCUCAGUAGAAGUUGAUGGUUGAACCAAAAUCAAUUUCUCAUUCCUCCAAUGUGUACUAUGGUGCCUCCUCCCUCACUUCCCUAUCCUUUUUACUGGAACAUAUUUAUGCAUAUAUUGUAUAUAUUUGUAAUUGAGAUAUAGUUGGCAUAUAAAAUUAUUAGUUUCACCUGUAUGAGUCAAUAUUUGUAUAUAUUGUAAAAAAAAAAUGUUAUAUUGUUAACCGAAUUAUUUUAUUACAUAGAAAAGGGCGAAAGCAUACUGUCAUGUACACUCACGUACCUUCCACCCCGCUGAAGAAGUAAAACGUUACAACCCCUACGGUGUUCCCUCUGGGCCCUUAAUUAUUUUCCUCCCUUCUCCCACCUGAAGUCACCACUGUUCUGAAUUUUGAAUUUAUCAUUCUUAGCUUUUGUCUAGAAAUUUACUUCAUAUGUAUGUAUCCCUGACAACGUAUUUACUUUUACAUGGUUUUAUACUUUACAUAAAUAGUAUUACGAUUUG